AUGAACGCACACCUCGUGCUUUGCCGUCAGUUGAACAAGUACUCAUCAUCUCCAAAUAUGCAGUAUGACUAUGACAUUAUUUUGACUGGUGGAGGUGGGGUCCUAGCAGCAUUGACGGCCGCUCGGAUUGCCAAACAAGGCUAUCGGGAAGGAGAUCAGCUUGUCGUCUACACGUUUGGUGAGCCUCGUAUCGGUGAUGUCGACUUCGCUUCAAACUUUGACAGUAUGAUACCUCUAAGGUAUCCAACCUCUAUGGAACCAGAUUCGGAGUACAUGGAAUGUCUAGGUGUACCCAAAGGAGAAGAUUUUGCGUGUGCCAAUAAAAACAAGUUUUAUUACCGCCGGCCGUCCAGCUAUCUAUGGGAUCAUCGACACUAUUUUCCAGUUAGGGUGGCUAAAUACGGCCAAGCAGGUUGCGACAUCACUCAAGCAAGAAAUAAAGUAGGCACAUUCGACAAGUUGGAUAUUCCGCUUUACUGA